AUGAGUCGCAAUCAAUUCCGGAAGGGUGGUGGCCGUAAGCGAGGACGGCAGGAGGACACCUGGGCGGCCGACGCGCGUGACGUAUCGACAUUGACAAACGACGCGUUUAACCGCUUUUACAAGGCGAAUGUCGUGGAGGAGGCGGAGUGGGAUGCGUUUGUGGAGGCGCUGCGUCGUGCGCUACCCAUGGCACUUCGCGUGCAUCCGUCCGUGCCGUCCGCUGACGCCGUUCUUGAGUACCUGAGAUCCCGCCUGGCGAAUGUGCUGCCGGCGACGCAGCUCCCCUUCAUUACUGAGGGCGCCGCACUGCAGUGUGCCAUCUCUCGUGGGGAACUUAAACGCAGUGGAGAACUGAAGGAAUUAAAAAAGAUUAUUGCCGCAAUGAAUGAGGGCGGCUACCUGACGCGUCAAGAGGCUGUAAGUAUGCUGCCUCCCGUGCUACUGCAAGUGCGUCCGGGCCAUCGUGUUCUGGACAUGUGCGCGGCGCCUGGGAGUAAGACCUCACAAAUGCUAGAAGCUCUUAUUUCUUCCGCGGAGGAUGGUGUCGUGGUGGCAAAUGAUAUUAAUAUCUCACGACUUGAUGUCCUGUUACAUCAGACGAACCGCUCAGCCGGCGCCCACGCACAUUUGAUCGUGACAAACCACGAUGCAACACAAUUUCCCCUGUUACCUUCGGAGGACAAGUUUGAUCGCGUGCUGUGCGAUGUGAUGUGCUCUGGCGAUGGCACGCUGAGGAAGUCCAUGGACAUGUGGCCCCGUUGGAAUACGCUUCAGGGCGCCAACCUCCACGGCACCCAAAUUCGCGUCCUGCUACGUGGAAUGAUGCUGUGCAAGAAGGGAGGCAUUGUUGUCUACUCCACCUGUAGUCUGAACCCUGUGGAGGAUGAGGCUGUUGUGUCGGAGUGCCUUGCCCAGUCAAAGGGCGCGUUCCGAUUGCUUGAUCCCGCGCCGCUCGCGCCUGGCCUCGUGGCAGCGCCAGGGUUGACGACUUGGUCGCUGCUCACGAAGGACCUCACGACGAGGCUGCACACGAUGGAGGAGGCUCAGGCGUUUACUUCAACAGAUGCACGGAACAGAUAUUCUUAUCUUGCCUCCAUGUUCCCCAAUAGUGCGCGGUUGGAGGAGCAAAAUAUACAAUACACUCGGCGAGUGCUGCCGCACCUUCAGGAUACAGGUGGUUUCUUCGUUGCGGUAAUGGAGUGCCUUGAGGAGUAUUCAGCGCCUACUGCCGCCGCAGCUUCUCUUUCUGGGAAGAGCGAGACAUUUAAGCCUCUUUCACAUCUGCUACAGAAGGAGGUGCGAGGUGCCUUGGGGCUUCCCGAUUCAUUUCCUGCAGACCAGCUAUUUGUCCGAAACGAAACCGCGCGUGAGCAGAAAAUUUAUUUUGCGAAUAGGGCCGUGUGUGCCAUCCUCCCCAAACUGGGCCCUCGUGUUGUGCAUGUGGGAGCCAAGGUGUUUGAGUCCUACGUGAAGUACAGCAACGAUAAGCUUCGUUUUUGCGCGGAAGGUGUUGGGGUGCUAGUCCCCUUACUGCCUCCGUCGUUUCUGGUGGAGAUCGGCCCAGAGACGGUGCUGCAACUCAGCCGGAGCAGGGUGGAUGAGGCGUCACUCCCGCCGCUUCCGCCGACGCACAGUUUUAUAUUUAAAUCCAACAUGACUGUUGUGGGCGCGGUUUACAUCGCGGCGGAGAGGGCGCGGUUGGGUCAAAUCGCGGCAAAGGUUGCUGACUGGCAAGUCGCACUUGCGAAGCUAACACUUGGGCAGCCGCUGCUGGAGGGCAACGGAGAAGCCGCCGUGGACGCGGAUCGCGUGGAAGGCGAUGCCGAGCCCUGA